UUUCUUUUCAAACGUCAUACGAUAAUAAACUCGAUGUAUAUAACUCGAUAAAAAAGAUUCAUACGUAGUAAAAAUAAUUCUGACGUAAGUGGGAACAGUGCACUAUGCCGUCGUUGAAAACUUUUCGCAUAGAAUUUGAUAGACCAACGGCUACGUAUCUUAGUGGCGAAAUUGUCAGUGGAAAUAUUAUUGUGGACGUAAUAAGAGAGAAAGAAAUUAGAGGACUAAUUCUUAUUGCAACCGGCCAGGCUAAUGUAAGCUGGACCGAAUAUGAUCAUACAAGAAAAAAGAAGAACCAUACCCAUAAUAUUAUCUAUAGCAAUUCAGAAAAAUAUUUCGAUUUUAAAUACAAUAUAAUUCCUAAGCACAAAUCUAAUUUACGGAUCAAAAUCCCCUUUGGAUAUCACAAGUAUCCAUUUAAUUUUCAAUUACCUCAUAAUAUACCAAGCAGUUUCGAGCAUAAAUACGGACAUGUAAGAUAUACUAUAAAAGCCAUAAUGGAUAGACCAUGGAGAUUCGAUCAUCAAACCAAAAUAGCAUUCACAGUUAUUUCAACUUUGGACUUGAACGCACAUCGUGAAAAAUGCCUAGGAUUGGAUGAUGAAAUAAUAAAAAAUUUCUUUUUUUGCUGUUGCAAUCAAGGAUCAAUUAAUUUACAAAUUAAAGUACCAUCUUCUGGAUACGUUCCAGGCCAGUCAAUAAUCACAAUGAUGAAUUACGUGAAUUCCACAAAUAAUAUACAAAUAACGAAGAUCAGUACAAAAUUGUUACAAAAACUCAAAUUUUAUGCAUCUACGCCGCGCACAAGAUUGAACUUUAGUACUGUUGAAAUCGUAACUAAGGACACUUCAGAAUCGUUUCUGGCUCGUGGACAAACCAUAUCAGGGAUUUUAAUCCCACCUAUACCACCGUCCUAUUUGGAAUAUUGUAGCAUAAUAGAUUUGAAUUACGAAUUACUCGUUAUUGUACACGUUUCAGGACUGCAUUUUAAAAUGAAGAAAAAUUAUCCUCUUUUAAUCGGAACGAUACCACUCUAUUAUCCGCCUUCCGCACCAUCUCUGAACGAUAUAAAUGCAUCCACGACGACAUCAUUUCCAAUGCCGACACCAGGUCAAUUUGAUAGGUCGCAUCUUCCACCGGAAACUCAAACUAUUGCUUUCGUUUCUCCAGAACAACCCUUUGCUUCUUCAAGUAAUCUGGAUAUACCACCACCUUCCUAUGAAGAAUGCAUAUCUGGAACUCAGGAUAUCAUGGAUCAAAAUGACUCGCAAUAUGUAUUUGGUACGAAUACCCCUUGGGCACCUAGAUAUCCAGUAUUCAAUUAUCCACAAACAAGUAAAGUUAAAAUUUUCUUCUACAAUUUUUAUCUUUGAUCAUAAAAUAAGAUUUUCAUUUGUAUCUUUCUUCUUCAGAUAUAUAUUAAUGAACGAAAGAUCAUAACGAAUAUAAUAUCUGCCAAAGUUUUAAACUCAAAAAGAAAACAAGAAUCAACAAAUAUGAAAUAUAAUCCAACAUAACAUAGUAUGUUAUUAGUAUGUUAUUAUAUCUCAAUAAAAAUUCGUAAGAUAUUUUUAUAUAAUUUUAUCAUCAAUUAAAUUCAUCACAAGGCACGAGGGAAAAGCAACAGUUUUACGAAAAUGAUAUAUUUACACAAUUUAUUUUUAUAUCUCAACAUCGCCAUAUUGUAAUCAUAAUCAUCAUCGAGUCAUAUUAUAAUUAGCAAAAAAAAA